CCCCAACACAAAAUCACCCAAAUCCAAAUUUCAACACCACCAACCACCUCUCUCUCUCUGUCCUUUGUUUUCAUCUCAUCUCCGAUUUAUUCCCAUGUCCUUUUCGAACUUUGUUUGACCUAAUUCACCCCCUCUCUUGGCCUAUAAUGCAUAUACAACAAUAGAUACAGAUAUAUAUAUAUAUAUAUAGAGAGAGAGAGAGAGAGAGAGAGAGAAAUGGGGAAUUCAUUUGGGUGCUCGGCGUCGGGAGAGAGGUUGGUUUCGGCGGCGAGAGACGGAGAUUUGGUGGAGGCGAAGAUGUUGCUUGAUUGCAACCCUUGUCUCUCCAAAUACUCCACCUUUGGUGGCCUCAACUCUCCUCUCCACUUCGCCGCCGCUAAAGGCCACAACGAGAUUGUUGCUUUGUUGCUUGACAAUGGAGCUGAUGUCAAUUCCAGAAAUUACUGUGGUCAGACGGCAUUGAUGCAAGCGUGUCGAUAUGGGCACUGGGAAGUUGUACAGACUCUCCUGCUCUUCAACUGCAGUGUUACAAGGGCAGACUAUCUCAGUGGAAGAACAGCUCUCCAUUUUGCAGCAGUUAAUGGGCAUGUUAGAUGCAUGAGACUUGUUGUGGCCGACUUUGUUCCCAGUGAUCCUUUUGAAUCUAUAAAUGCUCAAACCAAUUGUGACAGAGACAAUGAUUCCAAUAUGAAGAGCAAAUAUGACCAAAGUGCACUGUCCAAGUUUGUAAAUAAGGCUGCUGAUGGUGGUAUCACUGCUCUUCAUAUGGCUGCAUUGAAUGGUUAUUUUGAUUGUGUACAACUCCUACUUGAUCUUCGUGCAAAUGUUUCAUCUGUGACAUUUCAUUAUGGAACAUCAAUGGAUUUGAUUGGAGCUGGAAGCACCCCUUUGCACUAUGCUGCUUGUGGGGGAAAUUUGAAAUGCUGUCAGAUCCUUCUUGCAAGAGGUGCCAGUCGGUUGACCUUAAACUGCAAUGGGUGGCUUCCUCUUGAUGUUGCUAGGACUUGGGGGCGUCAUUGGCUGGAGCCAUUGCUAGAUCCCAAUUCUGGCUCUACGAUACCGAUGUUUCCUCCUUCUAAUUAUUUAUCCUUGCCUCUCUUGAGUGUACUUAAUAUAGCAAGAGAGUAUGGGUUGCAAACAUCAGCAACCUGCUGUGAUGAUGCUGAGAUUUGUGCUGUGUGCCUGGAGAGAGCAUGUACAGUAGCCGCUGAAGGUUGUGGGCAUGAGCUUUGUGUAAGAUGUGCACUCUACCUUUGCUCUGCCAGUAAUAUCUCUUCCGAAUUGCUAACGCCACCUGGGUCCAUUCCAUGCCCUCUAUGUCGUCAUGGCAUUACCUCUUUUGCCAAACUUCCUGGAUUUCCGGUAAAGGAAAUCAAAUUUCAUCUAUCCCUCAGUCUCUGUACUCCGUGCAUGCUUCACCCUCGUGAAGCAGAUCGUUCAACACCACCAACCUCUACAACAGAGAUUCGAAAGAAUCGUGUGGCUUCUGUUUCUUCUGAUCUUUUCUGCCCCGUCACGUGUAGUCCAUUUCCUUCCGUGGCUGUUCCAUUGUGCACGUGUAGUGAUGAACCGUGUCCUUGUGAACCCCGAGACAUUGAAACACGAGACGAAUCUCCGCAACGCUCACGAUCCGCAUCAAUGGACCAGGACAAACUGGAAAGUAUGAGGCUUGAGAAAACGAGUUGCUCAAGCAUGUUUUGGAGCAAAAGAAGCUGCAGCAGAGAGCAUCAGUGCAAUUCUGAAAUAAAUGCUUGACACUUGAUGGUUGCGACUGUUGGUCUUCCUGUUUCCAAGCACCAGUGUUUUUGAAUCCGUGUUUGAUUCUGCUUUCUGUUUGGCUGGUGUUUGAUGCUGGGAUUGUUGGUCUUUCCAUUUCCAGACACGGGUGUUUUUGAAUCUGUGUUUGUUUCUGGUUUCGAUUUGGCUGGUGCAUGAUGAAUCGGUGAUGGAUUUGCUUCUGGGAUUGCGGAAUUUUUACCAUGUUUCAGAUUUACUUGGUUGUGGUAUGUAAAGUUUGUAUGUUGGGGUUAUAGAGUCAUAUUGUAAACAAAUGUUAUUGUAGGGAACUACUCUUUUUUUUUUUUCUUUUUUUUUUUUUUCCUUAUUUU